GGGGGAAAGAGCGAGCCUCAGUCGAGGAUCAGGUUUUUUCUCUUGUAAAGUCAGAAGGUCGCUCCCAGGCCUGUCUGAUAUCUUGUUUAUCAUGGCCUCUGCCGAGGCUGGGCCUUUGGCGGGUGCCUCUGACAAUGCGGACAUCAGGUCGUUGUUUGGAAAUAUACAUUUGGUACCCGUUGAUGUUCUAAUGAACAUCAGCAAAGGACCGCUCAAAGUAUUUGUGCAGAACUGCGAGGACAAACAACAAGCCAGAUCCGUCUGGGAGUCACUGUUUCUCACACUCUCGACGAGAUCUGUAUCAAAAGAGCAGACCAGAGCCGCAUGCAAUGCAAUCAUUGUAUUCCUAGAGAAUGCAAAUGCGACCCGCGCCGAAGCCACAUGGGACUUUGCAUUCUCCAAUAAGACAUGGAUGGCUGUCUUCACAACCAUCUUGGCCAAGUUCGAGGAUGCGGCGCUAAAAGCUAUUAAACAGCUGCUCGGUACAUUGGCCAAGAUUCUCAAAUGCCAUCCAGACUCGAGCGAAGCGCAACUGAUUCGCGCUGAGAUCAUCAAUGUGGUGAUGCCAAGUGUCAUACUUGGGGACCCGCGAUCGCAGCUAAAGUCCUCCCUCGUCGCUCUAGAAAGGCUCAUUCAAGGUGAUGGGAUGUCUGUCAAGACGUUGAUGUCAUUAACAUAUGACUGGCUAGUAGCUCAUUAUGAAAGAUGGCAGCCUUUAUUCGAGGGUCAUUGUCGUUCAUUGUUCAUCGAAACUUCGCAAUUUACCCAGACAAACUCCGUGUACGAUAUUACCAACGAGAGGGCCAGAAACGCUGUCCCCAUGAUAUUCAACCUAGCGCUUCUUGUGUAUGCUAAAAGUCAAGGCUUUACGCAGGCUAUUGGGACUUUGAUAGCCCUGUUACACACGAAAGUCGGAAACUGCGAAGACAGCAAUCUUGAAUCGUGUUUUCCUUUAAUGAGUUGGGUGGUUCCGACUAGGUACAUUAUGCUGCAAGACAUGGAUUCUAUAGAGUAUAUGUCUCGAUCAAUACUUAGACCGAUACUAGAGUGCGAUAUAAACGGGUUUCACGCUUUUACCAAAACCUUGCCUUUGGAUAUGGUGCUCUCUGGAAAUAUGAAGAGCCAAGGAAGCGUCGAUGAACUUAUUCUUCUUUUCUCAACAUUGCAAAUCGGCAAGAAAACUGGAUUUGUGCACGAGGACUAUGUCAAGGAAUCCAAGUCCACGGCUAUUAAAAAAGAGAACAUUCUCAUACUUGAUAGCAAAAUUAUUGGCACUUUUUUGUUACACAACGAGCAAGGAAUUUGCCUUUCAACAUUAUCUCUGCUCAUAACUGCUCCCUCAUCUGCCAAGCCACUUUCAAAAUCUGCCUUGGAUGCUAUAUUGGCUGGUCUUCCAUCUCUGCAUGCCGUCUCGAAUUCACAAAUUCGACAAGAAAUCGGCAGCCUGAUGCGUAAAAUGAUGACACGUUUGCGAGGACCUGGAAUGCAGAAGAACUUUAUGGACAACGAAGGAAAAGAUGCGAAAAAGUUUAUGGAAGAUUUUGUUUCAUUUCUGGAAGGGGAACUGAUCUCGACAGCUUCCUAUCAACGCCACAUAUCUGCUUUGAAGUCGAUGACUUUAGUUCUGAAUUCUGGAGUUGAUCCUAAUGCUAGACAUGUCUCAUUAGAAGACCAGUCAUUGUGGCGGUACAAAGUCGACAUACUGCGUCCAAGCCUGUUUCGACUCCUGGUUGACCUUCUUCUUGACCCCUUCGAUGAAAUUCGAGCGACUGCCCUCAGCCUGCUUAGCUUAUUUCCUAGUGAUAUUUUCACGAAUUCCACUGCACAAUUGGAAAGCGACGGACUCAAUGUGUCAGAGCGACUAACGUCAGCCUUGACAAAAGCUGAAGCUUUAGCUAGCAGUACCAGUCGAGCGGACUAUGCAGAUGCUGUUGCCAGGAUCUACAAAGCUAUUUUUUCUGCGGCAAAGUCUGGUGGUAGCUUAGAGACUUCGCAGAAAUGGUUUGAGACAAAGUGUGGUGUCGUGAAUGAGGUCUUACAGAGACUUGAAGAAAAGGUUUACCAACAAGGCGGGCUUUUCAAAUCUUCAAUUCGUGACGCCCCUUUACAUGGUCACCUAUGUGCUCUGAAGUAUAUCGUUGGCACACCGAAUUUCUACAGCUGCAUUGCUAGCCAAGAAGGCGACAAAGAUGUAUCAUGGAGGAAAGUACAUGAUCGAAUUAUGGCGACAUGCCAUCGCAUUUGGGACGGAGUUAAGCCAGUUUUAUGCAUUGAUUCACCGGAAGGCCAUACGGACGACACACUAGACGAUAUGGAACUAGGGCCCAAGGAUUUAUUGUCAUACUCGUGGCGGGCACUGCGAGAAUCUAGUCUUCUUCUUAACGAGAUUUUAGCAAACAAAACAUACGCGCCGAAAGACAGCAAGACAAGUCUCGUACUUGAUGAUUACACUACUAUCGGGGCUCUUAGUUUUACGCAGUUGUCCGAGCUUCGACAUAGAGGAGCCUUUUCCGCUGUAUCCCAAACCUUUGUCGCAUGCUGUGAGCGUUGUGCCGAGCACGAAAAUACCGAAAUCUCUAACCUGCCAGACAUGUGGUACCAGGAUUCGAAGAAAAUCAUCGAAGACCAAGCAUCCAAACUGACAAGAAGAUCGGCUGGAUUACCUGCAAUUGUUACGGGGAUAACAAUUGCGAAGUGUAACGAUCCGUUGUUCGAGAAAAUUAUACACGAGCUACAAGAGAUCUCGAGUCAGCCAGCAGUACAAGCAGCCAGUUAUAAUGAGCUCUCAUUGCCUCAGGUCCAUGCAAUGAAUUGCUUGAAAGAUAUUCUCGCAACAACAAGGCUAGGGGACAAAACGGAGGGCUUUAUCAUGCCAAUUCUUAGGCUUUCUGCUGAUUCUCUUAGCUCGCCGAUAUGGGCGAUUCGGAAUUGUGGGCUGAUGCUGUUUCACGCAUUGAUGAUCAAGAUGUGUAAGAGAGUCCAGGGCACGGGCUUUGGUUUCAGCGGCACUUCAGGGACAGAGUCUAGCAUGACCAUCGAAUUCCAGAAAUACCCUGGCUUAACUGAGCUUCUAUCUAAACUUUUGACAUCUGCAGAUGAAAGUAGAGACUCGAAAGAUGGAUCAGCAGCCUCAGAGACAGAAAAAGUUUUCCCAGCCCUUGAAAUAAUUACUGAAAAAGUGCCAUCUCUUACGGAUAAUGAUGAUGCCGUCUUACGCGAUUUGAUCCUUCACCAUGUGAAGAGCUCCAUCUGGGCAGUCCGCGACCAGGCUGCUAGAGUGCACGCAUCUCUGAUGCGGUCCACAGAGAUUGUACAGUCGGUCGAGUCGUUACUGGACUAUGAACUCAGCACGCUCAGUCAAAAGCAUCUACAUGGACGGUUACUGUGUAUUCGCUAUGCAUUGCGGAGAGUAUGGUAUUCUGGAUACUGGCGUGAUCAUUUUGAUAGCUUGCUUGCGAUUAUAAGCGAUACAUUUUCUAGAUUCACGCCAUUUUUACGAUCACCGUACUGUCAAGCUGCGUUGAUCGAUGUAUUGACCGAUGGGCUAGAAAGUAGCCUGAAAUCUAGUAGAGGAGUUGAUAUCCAAGGAUUUGCACACGGUUUAUUUGAUAGCUAUGAGCUGGGAUUGCUCAUGGCAAAUCUAGUCAGUCACGUUGGAUAUCGAAGAAACGAGGUGCGAGCCGAGUCGUUACUUCGACGUUCCUUGACAUGGAGUAUCAUUCUGAAGAACUCCUUACAUAAUAUUAAUGACUCGCCUGCUGGCCUGAUUGGUCCAUUUUUCGACCUCUCCACGGCAGACAGUGACGCUGCUGGCUGGGUCCUUGAGAGAAUCCGGGACGUCUUUCCUGGUUACAAAGGACAGAAAGAUUUCUUGAGUCUAUAUUUACUAAUCUUACUCCAAGAUCAAGAAGAAACUGUCAAAGCGAAAGCUGCCUUGAACUUGGCAGAAACUCUCGAGGAUGCUUUAGAAAAGGGGCUUUCGGUGGACUUCCUCGACAAAUGGGCUCGCGUAUCAGACUACCUUUCUGUUCAAUCACAGGAUCAAGUAUGGAGCCGUGAGUUAACUGAAAAUGUGCUUCGACUUCAAGGCGCCAUGCUGGCUUUGAAGUAUGCGGAUGAGUCGUUCGAUACUGAAUCGCAAGAGCCUUCUCUUGGUCUUCGACGGUGGGCAGUUGGUCUACGAUCUGCACUGAGUGAGGAGACGGUCUUUUCUUCACGACUCGCCGCCAUACAUUCUCUCAAAACAUUUAGCCGCAUUAUUCGCAAGCCCGAUCAACCGCCAAGCACAGAUGCGGCUUUUCUGGAACUUUAUUUGAUCCUUUAUGAUAUGCUUAAUGAUGAUGACGACGAACUUCGCGAUUUCUCUGCCCCAAUAGCGUCGUGGAUUCUUUCAUACUCCUCAGUGUUCCCUGACAAGACAGUUGCGCUAGGCUCGAUUCCUGCUAGUGAAAGUCUUGCAGAGUUCAUAUCGAGCAACUAUAACAAACAAAAAUCAUUGUUUCGUCAUAUCAUCAAGCGGAUGAUGAACAAAAGCGCGGUACCGCAACGGGGAAAAUUACAAUUUACGUCAUUUGAGACAUUGUUCAAUGAUUACCGCAAGGAAAGCACAGUGCUUUUCGAGGAGGAAAAACAGAAUUUGUUUAUUGAUGAUGUACGCGAAAUUGACAUCUGGUCGAGUGCCCUGAUACGUUUGGAAAAGUCUGCAUUUGACGAGGACAUUAUUGACAACUUGUUUGCUUGGGCGUCGGAAGGAUUGGCUUGUCUUGAAAGAUGUUUGAUUUCUGGCGAUCAGGAUGGCGAUUUAGGGUGGACGGCAAAGCCCGAGAUUUACUCUCUUGGAAUUUUGCUGUUUUCCAUCACAUCAUUUCUCAUAGCUACUAACCCAAAAACGAGUGGAAAAACAGACGAGGGAUCGAGUGCUUCUCUAUCAGAAGCACUUACAGCUCUGUACACAAAAGGCCAAUCUAUGGCCCUACAUCCUCACUGGCUAUCUCGGAUACGUCCCUCGCGGCCCUCCAAAUAGGACAGAAAACAUAGAUAAUAAAUAUGAAAUGCGAAUAAACCAUGAUUCUUGUGUUCACCGGAUUCAUCUCAUCUUGUCCCCUUUCAAACGGAUUGGACAAGGCGGUCAGGUUUCUCUCGUGAGUCAAGGGAUUUGACGGCGAGCACCAGCGCUUUUCGCUAAAGUCUUUAUUUGUUGUUGUAUUCGUCGG